UUUUGCACCGAAUGCACCAUCCUUUUCUCCAAUAGAAAAUCGCUUCACUCUCAUCUACGCGCCUCUCAUCACAAUAAUUACUGUUAUACUUGCGACCGUCUGUUCAGCAGUGACUGGGCCUGUCAACAGCACAAAUCCUCCCGAGCCCACAAAAUACCCGAUAUUCCUUGUUCAAUGUGCUCGAAGAAGUUCAAAGCGCCCUCUGAGAUCGCUGCGCACAUCGAAUCAGGCGGAUGCAAUCCCAACAUCAAUCAACAUCAUGCUAGUGCCGCUAUUCACGCAAUGGAUAUCUCACCCCCCAUCAUCAUCACGUCACAUCGA